AUGCCCUCCCCGUCUCAUGACAUCUCCGAAAACCCCCUCGACGACGACGACGACGAUCUCCACCAAACCGCAUUCUCCAGAAGUGGCUGUUGUUUCUGGAUCCCAUGUUUCGGUUCCAAACGCGCCUCCAACGGCGGCUCAAUCUGGUGGGAGCGGAUUAGCACCGGUGAAAAUAAAACACCGUCGCAAGACCCUUUGUAUCUUCGUGGUUGGAAGCGGCUUCGAGAAUGGUCCGAGCUCGCGGCCGGUCCGAGAUGGAAGACUUUCAUCCGUACGUUUCGGAAGAACCGCAACAGUCCGGCCAAGCAAUGGAAAUUCCAAUACGAUCCUUUGAGUUACGCUUUGAAUUUCGACGACGGUCCUGGGAAAAUGUGUCAACAGAUGGAUGGAGAUUAUAUCGCCCGGGAUUUCUCAUCUAGGUACGCCGCCGUGCCUGCCUCCAUCAAGGCCUCCACAGGCAUGGAGGGAGGUCAAGAUUCACGUGACUUUCACGUGAACGUAGUUCCAGAAGGGAAGAGCUUGUUGUGA